AUGCCGAUGUUUCAUGUGUCCAGAAGCACGCGUCUGAUCAACUACUGGUCGACACUACCACGUCGUAUGUUGAAGCAGUACCCCGAGCAAACCAUCUUCUUCUCCACGUUCGGUCUUGCAACUUUGAUCAUCGCUGGUUAUAAGCUCCAAAACUUCAGUGCUGAAGGAGCCAAGCCUUGGUACAGAGGUUAUUAUGAUGUUGUUAGGCCCAAUGAUCCUAUUGCCUUGAACUGGAGAAAGCCAGAGGAGUACCCAGCUCCAUACCUUUCUUCGAAAGUCGAAACUGCUCAUUAG